AUGUCUGAUUCUUUCAAUACAUAUGAGAAUGACUUUCAACUAGCUUUACAAGAAGCAAAAAGUAAAAUAUCACAGAUAGAAUCAGUAGAUGGAGAACAACGUAAAACCUAUCUAAAGUCAAUUGAAGCGGCAAAUGAUGAAGCAUUGGAAGUUUUAGAUCAAAUGAGCAUAGAAGUUCAAAACUUACCAACUAAUCAAAGAUCCUCAUACAACACGAAAAUACGUCAAUAUAAACAACAAAUAGAUGAAACUAAAAAAAAAUACAAACAGUUAGCUGACACACAAGAUAAACAUGAAUUAUUUGGUUCUAGAUAUCGUGAUGAAGAAGAAAGUAUAGGUGACAAUCAAAGAAAACAAUUAUUAAAUAAUCAUUCUUCAUUAGAAAGAUCAUCACAAAGAUUACAAGAUAGUCAAAGAAUAGCUUUAGAAACAGAAAGUAUUGGAGGUAAUAUUUUAAAUGAUUUAAGAUCUCAAAGAGAACAAAUUUCUGGAGCAAGAAAUACAUUAAUGCAAGCUGAUACUUAUGUUGAUAAAAGUAUACAAACUUUAAAAAGUAUGGGAAGAAGAUUAACUGCUAAUAAAUUUAUAAGUUAUGGAAUAAUUGCAGUUCUAAUAUUAAGUACCAUAUCCCAAAUAUUGAGGAAACCAAAUAAUAUAAAUAUAAUACCCUCAUUUAGCCGACAUAUCCAAACUCAUCACAAAAUACAACCAAUUUCAAAAAGAUUUUUCAAUUCCUCAUCUUUCUUAAAUCAUGGUCAUCUUCAUAAACCAAAACCAGGAGAAGAACUUCAUAUAACAUUUAUAACGAAAGAUGGUCAACAGCUAACAUAUGAAGUAGCAGAGGGAGAUAAUAUUUUGGAUAUUGCACAAGCUCAUAAUUUAGAUAUGGAAGGAGCAUGUGGUGGAUCAUGUGCAUGUUCUACAUGUCAUAUAAUUGUUGAUCCUGAAUUUUAUGAUGAAAUACCAGAACCUGAUGAUGAUGAAAAUGAUAUGUUAGAUUUAGCUUUUGGAUUAACUGAAACUUCAAGAUUAGGAUGUCAAGUUAAAAUGACAAAAGAAUUAGAUGGAAUAAGAGUUGCAUUACCUGCUAUGACUAGAAAUUUACAAAAUAAAGAUUUUAAUUAA